UCAAGAGUGAGUGUGUGAGAGAGAGAGAGAGAGAGAGAUGGAAAGCAAAUUAUUCACGUUUGCGCUUCCCAAAAAGAUACACCAACUGUGAAAGCCAACCCUUCUUGGUCUGUCUGUUUGAGUCACUUUCAGUUGCUACUUCUCGUAACCUGCAUAUCUUAACUGGUCACCAUACUCGGUUUCAAUCUCCAAAGGCUGAAGCUUUCUUUUACUUCUUCAUUCUCUCUUCAAAACCCAUUUCUCUGUUGUACAGAAUAAGGAUUGGGAUUUGAAGAAACGGGCUUUUGGAUAUGGAAUCUCUGUCAGAGGCAACAUCAGGAGCCAUUGGAGCUCUGGUUAGCACCACCAUCUUGUACCCACUUGAUACCUGCAAGACUAAAUAUCAAGCUGAAGUCCGAGCUCACCAUCAGCAGAAGUACAGGAGAAUUUCUGAUGUUUUAUGGGAGGCAAUUUCUACCCGUCAGGUGCUUUCAUUGUACCAGGGCAUUGGGACAAAGAAUCUUCAAACCUUUAUUUCUCAGUUUGCCUACUUCUAUGGAUACAGCUUCCUUAAGAGGGUGUAUUUGGAAAAAUCCGGAAACAAAAGCAUUGGAACUAGAGCAAACUUGAUUAUUGCCGCCGCUGCUGGGGCUUGUACAGUCAUAUUGAUUCAGCCCUUGGAUACAGCAUCCUCAAGGAUGCAGACAAGUGAGUUUGGAAAAUCCAAAGGACUUUGGAAGACACUUUCAGAGGGCACUUGGAAAGAGGCAUUUGAUGGUCUUGGCAUAUCUCUUCUUUUGACAUCUAACCCUUCUAUCCAGUACACUGUGUUUGAUCAGCUGAAACAAAGACAACUGAAGGGGAAGCUGAGCAGAAAAACGGGCACAGAGUCGUCCCCAGCAGCUCUUUCUGCCUUUUCUGCUUUCAUGUUGGGUGCUGUCUCAAAGUGUGUUGCUACCAUCUUGACAUACCCAGCUGUCAGGUGCAAGGUGAUGAUUCAAGCUGCUGAAACAGAGGAAGAUGAGACCCAGGAAGCCGCUGAAAGACCCAAAAAGACAGUUUCAGGUGCCAUUCAUGCCAUUUGGAAAAGAGAAGGACCACUGGGAUUUUUCAAAGGAUUACAGGCUCAGAUCCUGAAGACUGUUCUAAGCGCAGCAUUACAUUUGAUGAUAAAGGAAAAGAUUACAAAGACCACAUGGGUCCUAUUACUUGCACUUAGAAAGUUUGUUUUCAUAAAUCGUAGCCGAUUAAAGAGUGCUUGAAUUAGAAAUGACAUUGAAGUUGAAUAUAUGAGCUCAGCUCCCCACAUUGAAGAAGAGCUCCAUUGAAAUUGUCCUGCAGAAGAAUUACGUAGCAGCAGAAAGAAAUAAACAAUGGUGGAUAUUAGAGGUCCAUUUUAUAUCUAAAGAAAGGAAAUCCAAAUUGCGUAAAACUGUCUUCUUUUUUAUUUAUUUAUUUAUUUUUUCCUCCUUUUCGUCUAUUAGAUAUCUGUCUAAUAAUAUUCAUAUUGUUUCGUCCAUUUUCUGAUCUGGAAGUGAAAAUUUUCAAGUAUCUGAAUCUGUUAGCAGCUUGUAAAUUGUGUAACUAAGUUACUAAUGGCAUCUAUAAUUCAAGAUGUUUUUCUUCUCAACUUGCAAUAAAAAACGCACUUUCUCUUUUUCCAAUUUCUUUUGAAACGCUGGGAAUAUUUAACAUGACAACAACGCCAAGCCUUGUGAAACGAAAGUCAAUGAUCUGAUUAUGUAAACAGGUGUUUUUUGCAAGUUGGCGCCAAUAGCUUCCCACCUAGGGAAUUUAGAAGAUUUUCUCUUUUUUACUUCUUGUUCUUUUUUUUUGUUUUUAACAUUAAAUUUUAAGGUGCUCGAAAUAUUUAGGAAAGAAUAAGAUAUUAACACAUUGGAAAUAGUUUUUUUUUUUUUUUUUUUUUUUUUAUUUUAUGCAUGAGAAGACAAAGCAUCCUUGUUUUUUUCCUAUGCAUGAGAAGACAAAUCAUCCUUCUUAUUUUCCAUUUGGGAUCCGGAUUUUCAAUAUGAUUUAUGUAAACAUUUUCCCACGAAAAAGGGAAAGAAAGAUUAAUGAGAAAAUUUUGCAAUGACAUUUAGAUAUUAUUGAAUUACUGUAUAUAGAACUGUCUAAAUUCUCUUGCAUGAACAACAUCUCAAAAAUUGAGAAGAUUGAUCAAUAACCGUGAACGACAAAAUUCUACUCCACACACAUCAGUCAACAUCCUAGAACCAAAUAAAACUUGGUGCAUCAAAUCAGCUCAAAUGUUUACAAAAUAAAGCAACAUCAUUCAAAGAUUUCAUUGUUUCUGACUCCGUUGGAGAAGCAUAAAAAAAUCCUCUUGUAAAUUAUAACAUGGCUUUUGAUUGUCUUUUCCAGAAAAAAAAAAGAAA